GUAAAGGCAUUUGUCUGGACAGCUAUAUGCACGGGUCCUUCUACUGGAGGUGACAUUCAGUCAGCUAACAGAGCCAGGGGAAGCACUUAGAAUCGGAAACACCCUAAAAUGGCACAAGCGGUGCAAAAGCUGGUCGCUAAAGUACCUUCAAUGGUCGGCGCUACUUUAAACUACACCAGACCUCGACUUGCCACCUUCUGGUACUACGCCCGUGUUGAACUUGUCCCCCCGUCACCAGCUGAAAUCCCCAAGGCCAUUGAAGGGGCCAAAAAACUAAUUCAUGGAUUCCAGACAGGAGCUGUCGGUCAAACCACAGUAAAGGAUGCUCUAAGGAAUGGACUAGUGGCCACGGAGGUAUUGAUGUGGUUCUAUAUCGGAGAGUGCAUUGGCAAAGGAGGCAUCGUUGGCUACGAUGUCUGAAUUAUGGACUGUUGUACCUUUUCUCUUGUAGACCAUUAUAUGUUGAAGUCCCAACCAGAAUGCUGUGAAUUAAUAAAUUGGCAUCUGUUCUUUAAAAACAA